AUGACCAGCCCAACAACCCGACAAUGGCUCGCAUCCCUCCUCGAGCCCGGCCAAAUCCUGUCCAUGGCCGUAAAAAGCUACCUGAUGGUAUGCCUGGAGGCCAUACUGGAAGGCCGCAUCCUCGCCCCUCUCCUUGAAACCCAGCGCCUGCGUGACGAAGCCUUCGGGCGCUUCUGGGUUGCGUUUAGCGGUACUCUUCCCUCAUUCCCUACAUUCCUCAUGUAUACAAUAUUAAGCAUAAGGAUAGCACCACCCCAAUCCACCCAACCCACCACCAAUGAAGAGCAAGGGCAGCAGCAGCAGCAACAACAACAACAACAACAACAACAACAACAACAACAACAACAACAACAACAACCAACCCAAGACCAACCAGCAGAGCCAACAGAAAUCCAAGGCUCCGCCGACCUCAUCCCGCCCCUCCUCGCCACAGCGCGCGGCAUCACCCUUGACCUCGGCCCCGGCACGGGCACGCAGAUGCCCCACCUCCGGUCGCCGGCCAUCACCGCCCUCUACGGGGUCGAACCCUGCCAUCAUCUGCACGCGACGCUACGCGCCCGCGCCGAGGCGGAAGGCGUCAGCGAGAAGUAUACGAUUCUCGGGUGUAGUGCUGCGCCGGAUCAGCUAGUGCCGGUGUUGCAGGAGCGGGGUUUGGUCGCAGUGGUCGAUACCAUCCUCUGCGUGCGGGUGCUGUGCUCGGUGCCGGAUUUGGCGGGCACCGUGCGCGGGCUGUAUUCGCUGCUGAAGCCGGGUGGGAGGGUGAUUGUUGUGGAGCAUGUGGUUAAUGCGGGACUUCAAGGGUUCUUGGGUGGGAAACGGGAGGGGAAAGAGGAACGGACGGGGUCCGUCGUGGCUAGGGUCGCGCAGGGGUGGUAUGAGUGGCUGGGAUGGCGGUGGUUUGUGGGGGAUUGUUGUUUGACGAGGGAUACGGAGGGGGCGCUGAGGGGUGCUGCCGCGGAGGAUGGCGGGUGGGAGAGGGUCGAGCUGCGAAGGUAUUUUGGGGAGGGGGUCAUGCCGUAUGUUGCUGGAGUUUUGGUCAAGAAGGGGAGAACAGAGGGGGAGAAAGAGGGGACAGUUGAUGAGGGAUUGCGGAGGAGGUGA